AUGUCGACCCCAAAUCUCAUGAGCGACAGCGUGCGCGCCUUUUUUACGAAAUGGGUCUUGCUGGUUACGCUUCUCGUUGGAUUUUCCCUCGCACACCCCGACGUGAGAUAUCCACCGCAGAAGAUCGUUGAGAAGGAUGCGAAAGUAGCACGUAGUCCUUUUGCCAAAUUCAAGGAUCUCGUAGCUGGCGGGGUUAGCAUCACAUCAACCGAUGACGCGCCUGCUGCUACAACCACGCCGUUGGAAUGCUUCCAAGUUACCGAACCGGUGUUGACGCCUCAAGGAGCUCUGUUCCGCGAUGGCGUCUCGAUAACUGGGAAUGGAAUCUCAAUCUCAAUUGGAGCUGAGGAGGCUCAUACGGUAGUUUUGAUGGAACAUUCAUUCGCAAACAGCUAUGGCGCACCUUUCGUUGCCAAUUACACGCCGCCAGACUAUGAUUUUGACCAUGUUGUUAUCAAUUUCACUGUCGAGGUAAAAGGACGACAAUACGAUCGAACAGGCGUCUUUUACCUCAGCGACACGGAAGUAUGGAGAACGUCAACUGCCGAGCCCACCUCUUACGGUAUCCGUUGGUCCUGGUUUAAAGAUUUAAGUCCGUUCUUGUCGCUUUGGAAAGAGCCACAGACUUUGAUUUUCGAUCUUGAAAGUAUCGUGGAUAGUACUUACACGGGCAUUCUUAACACGACGCUUACGGCGACUUAUUGGAAGUCUUCAUCGGUCGCGGCCAGCGGUCGAGGUCCCGCCGACCUGAUUAUUCCCAUCUCCGAACGCACGGGAUCUGAGGGGCUGCCAAGCCAGUUUACCUACCCGGCACAGAAUGCGACUAACAUAGUUAGCUUUCCUCGGAAUGCGAACCGGGCCGUAUUUACUGUAGACGUCAAAGGCCAGGGCGAUGAGGAAUUUUGGUGGAGUAAUGUGCCGCAGAGCGCAAUACACGCCUUCGAUGCCGUGUACGGCGUGUACCCUGGGUACUCACCUUUCCGCGAAGUCCAAAUUUUGAUCGAUGGUCAUCUUGCAGGAGUUGACUGGCCGUUCCCGGUCAUAUACACUGGUGGUGUGGUUCCUCAACUACACCGACCAGUGGUCGGAGUUCAAGCAUUCGAUAUCAAGGAGCACCAGAUCGACAUUACCCCUUGGCUGCCACUCCUCUCCGACGGAAACGGCCACAAUUUCACCAUCCAGGUCCUUGGUUUAGAUGACGAUGGAGUAUCUAGUGCCAAGCUCUCUUCGACCACGGACAGCGAAUGGUACAUCACAGGCAAAAUCUUCGUCUGGCUCGACGAUGAAGACUCCAUUACAACCGGCGUGAUGAGCAGCACCUUUUCUAGCGAGCCUAGCAUCUCCUUCUCUCAGCGUAUCACGCAAAACUCCACCGGCUUCAACGAAACCCUCGACUACACGCUAGCCGUAACGCGCACGCUCUCCAUCAGCUCCUACGUUAAAACGCAGAAAGGCGAGGGCACGGCAACGUGGACGCAAUCCCUGUCGUACUCGAAUAACGGCGGAGUUUACGCCUACGGGAACAAUAAUGUUAACACAUUCGGAAUCGCAGGUGCCGACGCAGCCACGGGCGCGGGGCUGGAUUACGACUACUCUGCUAGUUAUAGCUACCCGCUAUACUGCAGCAGUUCAGCGGCGUACUCGCCCGAAGGCAAUUUAACACUGCGCGCAGAUCUCAACCAAAGUUUAGUGUAUGAAGUCCGGGGCGACUCCGUGUUCCCAUCCGGCCUGGAGGCAUUCGCGGGAAUUGACGGUGCGGAUGUAGCACAGUUCUCCGGCGCGGUGUUGAGUACGUGGAAGAACGGGUCGGCGUUAUACCAGAGGCCAGGCGAUAAUAGCUAUAGCACGGGCGUUGGUUCAGCGCACCAGGUCUUCUCUUUUGGGGGGGUUAAUAGUGAUGAUGAGGAGGGGACGCCACACAGCACAGAGCUGUACUUCCGCGAGGUUAGUGCGUAUAAUGAUACGGUUACUAAUAGCUCGGUGUUGUUGUUGGGGAAGGCCGUAAAUGCCUAG